AGGUACAACUAGUUAAUUAAACUGAUUACUUAACGAUAAAUUCGAUUACUUCGAAUCGUUUUGAGCAACCUUCAUCAAUACAUCGCAAACAUGACAAGAAGAACUUUUUUCCCAAGGGGAGGCAGGCGUCACGAGGAACGUUGCCCAAGGUUGGAAAAUAUGGCGUAUAGUGUUGAAACAUUUGAUCGAAAGAGAGACGCCGAAAUGAGAGCCAUCAAAGCAAGCCACAGAACAGACAUAGAAGAACUCAUGAGAACGCAUGUAAACAACAUUAAGAGCAUGCAAAACGAAAGUAUGGCUUGCUACAUAAGAGAUAUGGAAGGACUCAUGAAAAGGCAUGAAAACAAAAUCGAAGAAAUACGGAAAGAACAUACGGCUGAAAUGGAAUCCAAAGAAACAGAGCACAAAAGAGAUAAGGAAGAACUCAUGAAAAAGCAUGAAAAACAAAUUGAAAAUAUGCAAAAAGAAUUUACGGAUAGAAUGGAAGCCAAGGAAACAAGGCACAAAGAAACUAUUGAAGGACUGAUGAACAAAAUUGAGGAAAUGCAAAAUGCGCAUACGGAGCUAACUACCGAACUGAGAGAGGCAUUGGAAAGGUGCAAAACUGAGAAAGAACAAGUUCAAGUGUUGAAGAAUGAGGCUGAAACAAGAAAGAGUGAACUAUUAGAGUACAAAGAAAUGUGUGAAGAGGUCGUCGCAGAAAAUGCGAAGCUCCGAGAAAAUCUAACUCGGUGUGGUGUGCAAAAGACUAACUGGGGGAAAGUCAUUUGUCUUGCUAUUUUCGGGGGUGUGAUCGGAUUGUUUCUGGACGGUGUAGUUGGAUUGGCCAUUGGAGCUGUUUACGGAGGUAGAGCUGGCUAUAUUAGCGAUUCCAAAUUUUGA